CUGCGCCCCGGCCCCGCGCGGCACUCGCCUGGCGGCCUCGGCGGCGGCGACACGAGCGGCGGCGACCGGCCGGCGGAGGAAUGCGGAACCGGCGCACCGGCUGAGGCCGGCAUGGCGCAGGGGCGGAGGCGGGCGGCCCGCGCGGGGCCCUAGCGGCGGAGGCGACCUCCUGGCCCCGCCCGGCCCGGGGGGCGCGUCGCGGCGAUGGCCCAGGAGCGGCCGCGGGUGUGCGAGCUGCUGCGGCGGCCCGGGAACGCGCGCUGCGCCGACUGCGGCGCCCCGGAUCCCGACUGGGCCUCCUAUACCCUGGGCGUGUUCAUCUGCCUGAGCUGCUCCGCCAUUCACCGCAACAUCCCGCAGGUCAGCAAGGUCAAGUCCGUCCGCCUGGACGCCUGGGAGGAGGCCCAAGUGGAGUUCAUGGCCGCCCACGGGAACGACGCUGCCAGGGCCACAUACGAGUCCCAAGUGCCAUCUUUCUACUACCGGCCCACGCCCUCCGACUGCCACCUCCUGCGCGAGCAGUGGAUCCGGGCCAAGUACGAGCGGCAGGAGUUCACGGACCCCGAGAAGCAGGAGCCCUACUCGGCAGGAUACCGAGAGGGUUUCCUCUGGAAGCGCGGCCGGGACAACGGGCAGUUUCUCAGCCGGAAGUUUGUGCUGACGGAGCGUGAGGGGGCCCUGAAGUAUUUCAACAGACAUGAUGCCAAGGAGCCCAAGGCCAUCAUGAAGAUUGAGCACCUGAACGCCACCUUCCAGCCGGCCAAGAUCGGACACCCGCACGGCCUGCAGGUCACCUACCUGAAGGACAACAGCACCCGCAACAUCUUCAUCUACCACGAGGACGGGAAGGAGAUGGCCGACUGGUUCAACGCGCUCCGGGCCGCCCGCUUCCACUACCUGCAGGUGGCCUUCCCGGGGGCCAGCGACGCUGACCUGGUGCCGAAGCUGACCAGGAACUACCUGAAGGAGGGCUACAUGGAGAAAACCGGCCCCAAGACGGAAGGCUUCCGGAGGCGCUGGUUCACCAUGGACGACCGGAGGCUCAUGUACUUCAAGGACCCCCUGGACGCCUUCGCCCGGGGGGAAGUCUUCAUCGGCAGCCGGGAGAGCGGCUACACGGUGCUGGACGGGCUCCCGCCGUCCGCCCAGGGCCACCACUGGCCCCACGGCAUCACCAUCGUCACGCCGGAGCGCAGGUUCCUGCUGGCCUGCGAGUCCGAGCCGGAGCGGCGGGCGUGGGUGGAGGCCUUCCGGAAGGUGGUGGACAGGCCCAUGCUGCCCCAGGAGUACGCAGUGGAAGCUCACUUCAAACACAAGCCCUGAGGGCUGGUCCCGGCCGAGGACUGGACUCACCUGGAGGACUGGACUCACCUGGCCUGGCCGUGGGCCGCGGACCGAGGGAGCCGCCACCAGCCCGGGGCGGCCCAGGCUCCGUCGCGGGGGCCGUCUGGGCUCCGCAGGGCCCUGAGCCGUCACCGCCAGGACCUGCUUCUCCAAAACCUCAUCGUGGGCCCACCUGUCUGACCUCCGACCCCAUCAUGCUGCUGUCCCUCCCUCCCUCCCCGGCCCACUGACCACCCUUCCUCCCCUGCCACCCACCCGCCUGAGGACCCACCCCGACCACGGAGGCUGGACUGUGGGGCAGCGGGUGGCCUGCAGGCCCCCUGCACUGCCCACCUCCUCACCCCACCCCUCCCUUCCCCUCCCCUCCCCUCCCCCCACCCUCUCAACAAGUAUUUAUUGAGCCUCUGGUGUGUGUUAGUGGUGGGGUCCGGGGACUGGAGGGGGGACACAGACCUGGCCCUCAAGCCAUGGGUCCUGGGGUCAGAGGCCCCAUCUAGUGCCCAGCCCAGGCUGCCUGCACCGAGCCCCCUGGGGCACCUCCCAGGCCCAGUUCAGGACUCAGCGCUGCCCAGUGACCCCCAGUCCCAGGCCUGACCUUGCUGUCUGACCCCUUGGAGGAAGGAGGCCUGAGCUCAGCUCACCCCCAUACCCAGAGAGCUGCUGGC